AUCGGGACGGCCGCGGCAGGAAGAGGUGGGACCUCAGUUCUCCUGCACCGGCUGGCUGCGGGCAGCUGGGCAGCGCUGCCCGGCCGCUGCGCCCCACGUGCUCGCGACUCGGAACCGGCACUGCCGGGCGUCCCCCGGGAAAGUUUCCUGGACUUGUCACGGAGGGUUGGAGCCUGUCGGAGCUAGGGGAUUGGCUUGCCCGGGGGAGCGCACGGCGGCGGUCUGUCCUUGUGAAGUGAUUGACAGCUGAAAACCUCCAGGUCUUCGAAACACUGCUGAACAGUCGUGAAAAACGAGACGCCAACUGUAGUUGAUAUUAAGAGCUCAGUUCCCCCAAAAUUAUAAAAGCAGGAAAACUCAAGACAAGGAAACCCAAUAAGGCCAGUGAUUUCAGCGAUAUGGCAAACUGGCCAACACCAGGAGAGUUAGUGAGCACUGGAAAAACCUUUUUGCAGUCUCAGAGUGUCAUCAGCCAAGGAAAUAAGAAGCCACAAAUUAGAAAAGAAAAAGAAGAGAAGGUUGAAAAGAGGAGUAACAGUGAGAGCAAAGAAAACCGGGAAACAAAAUUAGACGGUCCUGUUGAAAAUGUGAGUGAGGACGAGGCCCAGUCAAGCAGUCAGCGGAAGAGAGCUAAUAAACACAAGUGGGUACCACUGCACUUGGACGAUGUAAGACCAGAGAGUCAAGAGAGACCUGGAUCCCGGAACAGCUCUCGGUGUCAACCUGAAGCAAAUAAGUCAUCCCAUAAUAACAGGAGAAAUGACACACGAAGUUGGAGGCGAGACAGAGAAAAAAGAGAUGAUCAGGACGAAGUGUCCAGCGUGAGGAGUGAGGGGGGUAAUAUCCGAGGUUCCUUCAGAGGUCGAGGAAGAGGACGUGGACGGGGAAGAGGACGAGGCAGAGGAAACCCUCGAGUAAACUUUGAUUAUUCGUAUGGUUACCGAGAACAUGGUGAAAGGACGGAUCAGCCAUUUCAAACAGAAAUUAACACCAGUAUGAUGUAUUACUAUGAUGACGGUACGGGUGUACAGGUGUAUCCUGUGGAAGAAGCAUUGCUUAAAGAGUAUAUUAAGCGUCAAAUUGAAUAUUACUUCAGUAUAGAAAACUUGGAACGUGACUUCUUUCUUCGGAGAAAGAUGGAUGAGCAAGGUUUCCUGCCUAUUUCCCUGAUUGCUGGAUUUCACCGCGUUCAGGCUCUCACCACAAACCUUAAUCUCAUUUUAGAGGCCCUGAAGGACAGCACAGAAGUAGAAGUUGUGGAUGAGAAAAUGAGGAAAAAGAUAGAACCAGAAAAAUGGCCAAUCCCGGGCCCCCCUCCCAGAAGCGUGCCACAGACUGACUUCUCUCGGCUGAUCGACUGUCCGGAGUUUGUGCCAGGCCAAGCCUUUUGCUCACAUACAGAGUCUGCCCCAAAUUCUCCAAGAAUUGGAAGUCCACUGAAUCCAAAGAAACACACUGAAACAAGUCACCUUCAAGCAAUGUCUAAAGGUCUGUCUACCAGCUUGCCUGACUUGGACUCAGAGCCUUGGGUGGAGGUAAAAAACAGGCAUCGCCCAGUGAAAUUAAAGGAAUCAACACCUGUACCUGAGGAGGCAUCAGAUCGACUAUAUCUUCCAGAAGCAGAAGAACUGGAUUUCUUAUUUGAUGAGGAAAUGGAACAAAUAGAAGAACGAAAAAACACAAUUACUGAUUGGUCUGAUAACGAUUCAGAUUAUGAAAUUGACGACCAAGAUUUGAAUAAGAUUUUGAUCGUAACUCAGACGCCACCUCACAUGAGAAAACAUCCUGGAGGAGAUCGAACAGGCAGCGCCUUGGCUCGGGCGAGCAUCACCUCGGAGCUUGCCAAAGUGAUCAAUGAUGGCUUGUACCAUUAUGAGCAGGACCUGUGGACGGAGCAAGGAGGAAACACACCCGACGUCGCACAGCCAGAAGUUGAGAACUUUAAGAAGCUAAAUCUCAUUAGUAAAGAGCAGUUUGAAAACCUAACACCCGAGCUUCCUUUUGAGCCAAACCAAGAAGUUCCUGUAGCGCCUUCACAGUCCAGGCAAGAAAAAACUUUAGCAACAGUGGUCUGUUCGUUGCCCGCGGCGGUUCCAGAAUCUCCAAGGGAUAAUCCUGCAAGGACACCCAAGACCCCCCGAACACCCAGGCUGCACGAUCCUGACAAAACACCCAGAUUUUAUCCUGUUGUUAAAGAACCAAAAGCCAUUGAUCUACAGAGUCCCAGGAAGAGAAAGACGAGGCACAGCACAGACCCCCCUCUAGAGUGUCAUGUUGGCUGGGUCAUGGACUCCAGAGACCACGGGCCACGAGCACCCGCUGUCAGCAGUGCCAACACUCCGCCCCCAGGAGGGGUGCCGCUGGUGGGAAGCUGUGGAUGUGCUCCGCAUUCCUUCCCUAAGUUCCAGCACCCUUCUCACGAGCUCCUGAAGGAAAACGGCUUCACCCAGCAAGUGUAUCACAAGUAUCGUCGAAGAUGUCUGAGUGAGAGGAAAUGCCUGGGAAUCGGACAGUCCCAAGAAAUGAACACCCUCUUUCGUUUCUGGUCCUUCUUCCUUAGAGAUCACUUCAAUAAAAAGAUGUAUGAGGAAUUCAGACAACUUGCUUGGGAAGAUGCAAAAGAGAAUUACAGGUAUGGGUUAGAAUGUCUGUUCCGGUUUUAUAGUUAUGGACUGGAAAAGAAAUUCAGACAAGAAAUUUUUAAGGAUUUCCAAGAAGAAACCAAAAAAGACUAUGAAUCUGGUCAGCUAUAUGGACUAGAAAAGUUUUGGGCCUAUCUGAAAUAUUCUCAGUCCAAGACGCAGUCCAUUGACCCAAAACUUCAGGAAUACCUCUGUAGUUUUAAGAAGUUAGAAGACUUCCGUAUUGAUCCCCCUAUUGGUGAGGAAUUUGGAAGAAAAAGAUACUUGUCCACUUCUGGUGAGGAGAGCAACCGGCACAGACCCCCGUCUCAUUCUCCAAAGCCACUAAAUGCUGCUGUGCUUACAUCCACCAGUCAGCUCCUGGUGCCCGCCAACUCUCCCAGAGGGAAUUCUCCACAGGAGUUCAGCGACUCGCACCAGAGCCGUGCUGCUUCCAUCUCAAUGAAUGGCGAAGUGCCUGAGAAGUAGACUCUUAUGAAAGUUGUGUGUCCUUGAAAUCAACAUUACAUCAGUAUUUAUUUGGGAAAAAUCUUCUGAUGUUUAAUUGUGAUAAUCUGAAAAAGUAGAAAGGAAGAAAUAAGGUAGCAUCUUUUCUAGCAGGCUAAAUUCCAAAAACGUUUUCCCUGUUUUCACAAACCAGGAUAGUUUUGGUGACCUUUUGUAGACAUCUGCUAGUAAUGCAUUUUGGUCUCAGUAUUUCUUUAAAGCCAUUGUUUACAAGAACAGCAUUCCUUAAUAUAUUAAAAAGCAAUACAAGGAAUGCUUAACAUUUCAGCUCUUACUUCUUAAAGAAGAUAUAGUAUGUUGUAUUCAUCUCUUCUGUAGAGCUCUCUUAAAAAAUCCAGUUGCCCCACUACCAAUUCAUAUUUGAACUUAUCAAAACCAAAGGAAGAUUACGUAUAUGUUUUUUAAAUUCAGAAAAAGUAUAUGAAAGAUACAUUUUUCUUUUAGAUGUAUAGUUUAAAGGAAGCUUUUUAAAAAUUUUUUUAAAUAGAAGUGGAAGUAAAUGGCAAGAUUGUAGUUACAUUGAAGUCUAUGCACUUUUGAUGCUGGGUUUCAUUUUUCUCCCCCUUAGUCAGACCUCGUGGUUUUCACAGUUGUUGUGUUGGUGUGGAAUAAGCUGGUUAUAUAUUAGGAGAGAUUUAUUUUUUGAUUCCGUAUAAAUUUGCACAUGUAAUUGAAAACUGCAUUGGGAUUAGUUGGAAUAUUGUCUUAAAUAAAUUAAACCUCUGUUUUGAAUGCACAUGCUGUUUAUACAUCUGCAAAGUGGGCAUUUCACAGCAGUCAGAUUAUCAUCAAUUUAAAGAGUAUUUAGUCUUUUUCUUUUUGUUUCGUUCUAUUUUGUUUUAUGCUCAUAAGUGUUUUCAAGAGUUAUUACAAAUUGGUUUCUAAUUAUUAUUGCUAUUGUAACUUAUGUAAAUGAUAGUUUCAGUUUUGUGGGAUUGAAAAAUAAAGCACUUAUUCUGAA